CUUUCCGGGGCGGGGAGCUCCGCGCCGCCAUGCCCGCCGCCCCGCUCGGCCCCGCCGCGCCGCCUGCCCGCCCCGGCGCGGCCGCCCGGCCGAGGCGCGGGGCGCUGCGGGCCCGCUAGCGCCGUCCGCCGCGGGGAGGAGGCCUUUGCGGGGGGGAGGGCCGCGGCCAUGGCUGCAGCCUGGCCCUGGCUGCUGCUGGGGCUGUGGGCGGCCGCCCUGCGCGCCCUCCCUGCCCCGCCGCGCAUCCGCCUGCCGCUGCGGGGCGGCGCGGCCCUGCCGCCGGGACCCCGGGCGCGCCGGGCGCCGGAGGACGCCGAGCGGGCCGGCAGCUUCGUGGACAUGAUCGACAACCUGCGCGGCAAGUCCGGGCAGGGCUACUACGUGGAGAUGACGGUGGGCAGCCCCCCGCAGAAGCUGAAUAUCCUGGUGGACACAGGGAGCAGCAACUUCGCGGUGGGAGCGGCGCCUCACCCCUUCCUCCGCAGAUACUACCAGCGGCAGAUGUCCAGCACCUACCGCGACCUGCGCAAGGGGGUGUACGUGCCCUACACCCAGGGCAAGUGGGAAGGGGAGCUGGGCACUGACCUUGUCACCAUCCCGCACGGCCCCAACGUCACCGUCAGGGCCAACAUCGCUGCCAUCACGGAGUCGGACAAGUUCUUCAUCAACGGCUCCAACUGGGAAGGGAUCCUGGGGCUGGCGUACGCCGAGAUCGCCCGGCCCGACGACAGCCUGGAGCCCUUCUUUGACUCGCUGGUGAAGCAGACGCGGGUGCCCAACAUCUUCUCCCUGCAGCUCUGCGGGGCCGGCUUCUCGCCCAACGAGACGGAGGCGCUGGCGUCGGUGGGCGGCAGCAUGAUCAUCGGCGGCAUCGACCGCUCGCUGUACGUGGGGGACAUCUGGUACACCCCCAUCCGCAAGGAGUGGUACUACGAGGUCAUCAUCGUCAAGCUGGAGGUCAACGGGCAGGACCUGAACAUGGACUGCAAAGAGUACAACUACGACAAGAGCAUCGUGGACAGCGGGACCACCAACCUCAGGCUGCCAAAGAAGGUGUUUGAGGCUGCCGUGAAAUCCAUCAAAACAGCUUCCUCGACCGAGAAGUUCCCCGACGGCUUCUGGCUGGGGGAGCAGCUGGUUUGCUGGCAGGUUGGCACCACCCCUUGGCACAUCUUCCCGGUCCUGUCACUCUACCUGAUGGGGGAAGCCACCAACCAGUCGUUCCGGAUCACCAUCCUGCCCCAGCAAUACCUGCGGCCGGUGGAGGACGUGGCCACCUCUCAGGAUGACUGCUACAAGUUCGCCAUCUCCCAGUCCUCCACGGGCACCGUCAUGGGCGCCGUCAUCAUGGAGGGUUUCUAUGUGGUGUUUGACCGCGCCCGCAAGCGCAUCGGCUUCGCGGUCAGCGCCUGCCACGUGCACGACGAGUUCCGCACGGCCGCGGUGGAGGGGCCCUACCUGCACGGCGACAUGGAGGACUGCGGCUACAACAUCCCGCAGACGGACGAGUCCACGCUGAUGACCAUCGCCUACGUCAUGGCGGCCAUCUGCGCCCUGUUCAUGCUGCCGCUCUGCCUCAUGGUGUUCCAGUGGCGCUGCUUCCGCUGCCUGCGCCGCCACCACGACGACUUUGCCGAUGACAUAUCCUUGCUGAAGUGAGCGUGGGGGCUUCGGGGGGCACGGGGCCGGCACACGCGGGUCCUUUCUGCGGGGCUGAGCCCAGAGCCUCAGCCCUGGGGACUCGGGAGCAUCGGGGACUUGCAGAAGGAGCAUGGCAGCCAAGGGGCAGAGCUCAGCAGCCGCGUCCCGGGGCUGGGGCAGCUGCUCUGCUCCGGCACCAGGAUGAGCUGUCCCUGGAUCUGCCCAGCCCUGCCAGGCGUGAUGGAGCCAUUCCUGCCUGUCCCCUGCCUGUCCCCUGCCUGUCCCCUGCCUCCUUCCAACCCCAGCUGCCUGAGCCGGGCUCCAGCAUUUCCAUCCCUGGAGGAUCUAUCCCAGCACUGGGCUUCUCGGGGACAGCCCCGGGCUGCCCGGGACAGGGCUCCCAUCCUGCUGCUCCGUACCCCGCUCGCUUUGCCCUCCCAAACUGUCCUUCCCCCACCACCAGCCCCAGGACCCCCUGUGCCCACCCUGCCCUCCCGGGAUGAGCAGGAGCAGCCACCCGUCCCCUUUCGCUCGUCAGACCCCUCUGGGGAUGGGAAUCUGCCACAUGUCCCUUCAGCACCAACGGCACCUGCUCCGGAGCAGCCGGUGGCCGCUGCCCCACAGGCUGUCCCCAGGUGCCCCAGAACCAGGACAGAGUGAAGUCCCCAAGCCCGGCCGCUCCCCAGCCCACCCGUCCGACCGAAAGCCAUAGGGGAGCCAGCGCCGGGCUGCCCCGCAGCCCCCGCCUCACCGCCGGCACGGCCCGCGGCGCCGGCACCGCGGCUGCUCCCGCUCACUGCCCGCGUCCCGGCGCCCCGGCUGCUGCCGCGGGGUGAGGGCCAGCCCGGCUCGGGGGGCAGGCGCUGCCUCGGGGGCUGCAGCGUUUCUUAGUUUUUAAACACAUGGUUGUAUUUAUUUCAUUUGUUUUUAAUGACGCGAGUCACUGGCAGCGCAGCUGUGCAAAUCCCGGCGUGUAAAUAGCAGGUCCCACAGCACACCCAGGUGUACAAACAGCGGCCGCUUCUCACCUGUACAAUAUAGACAUAUAUCUCUAUUUUUAAUUCUAGUGCUGAAAGCCACUGUUCCAAACCCAACAUUAGGGGGGUUGGUCCUGUUUUGUUCUGGGUUUUUUUAGUCUUUUUAGCCCCCUGCUCAACCCCGGGGCCUUGGCCAGGGCUCGCUCGGCUGGAGGCGCUUUCCGGACCCGAGCGCGGGCGGUCAGGAGGUGCUGAGCACCGGAGCACGCAGAGCCAGCCGCCCCGGCCCAAGGGACCGUCCUACAGCCCUGUCCUCGCCUGGUCGCGCUGCGGAGGGCGGAUGUUCUGGUGCGUGAGGACGAGCGUCCCCAGGCAGGCGCCCUGCAGCGUGCAGGAUGUUCACCGUGCUGCGCUUCCUCCUCUGCCUCCAGCCUGGACAGGAAAGUGCUUUGUUUUAAAUAAUGAGAUUCGCUAAUUAAAGCAACGCUCCUCCACGAGCACGGGGCCGGGCUGGCAGCCGCCCCGCGCAGGGACGCUCAGCAGCUGAGGGGGGCCGGGCAGGAGCAGCGCAGCUCUGCAGCAUCCCCGCGCGUAAACUCGUUAACUCAGCCCUGCAGUUCCGUAUCUCCGUGGCAAAGCAGCGAGGGAGCCAGCGGGACGAGGGAACGCACCGUGCAGGAGAGGCCAACCAGCCCUCGUGCCGGGCAUCGCCGCGACAGCCCAGCACCCGCACCCCAGAACUGCCCCGCGGCGCGCUGGCGAGCGGCGCCCGGCACCCAAACCUCGCUCCGGAGCCACGGGCGCCCGGCGAUCCCGCUCCCCUGUGAGAGGGCAGUGAGCACGCAUGGCCCUCCGCACCCUGUGCCUGCCCGGGACCCCCGGCACCCCGGACUCUGCGGCGGCCGCUGCCUUAAACCGCGCCAGCAGGCGUGUGCGUGGCGCAGGAGCUGAGACUGCGGCCAACCCGGGGGUGCUGUGCCCGGCAGCACCCGCACGGAGCGACCCCGAGGCACAGCUGCCGCGAGCAGCACCGAGUGCGUGCCACAGCCUGCAAAUCAAGGGAAAAAGUGCACAGAGUAAGUGUAAGAUUUGAAGUGGCGCUGAGCACCUCGUGACCCCACCAAAACCCCUGGAGAAAGGGUCGGUGCCUCAGCCAGGCUUGGGAAGCGCAGGAGGGGUGAAAGCAGGAGCUGCCGCAGGCUGGGUGGCGCUACCCGGAGCUGCCGUAGGUUGGGUGGUGCGACCCGGAGCUGCCGCGCAGCUGGAUCCGCGCGCUCCCUCCCCAGCGCUCCAGAACAGGUGUGUGCGGUCCUGGCCCUGCAGAGGGGAUGGGGAUGGGGACCGUGGGCUGGCGCCGGAGCCUCCUGUACUCUGUAACCUACUGUCUGUGUAAGAACAAUGAAUGUUAACACGGUAAAUUAUUAUUACAUUAAAAAAAGACCACAAAAAAGUGC